AUGAAUUCUGAAUACCCAGAUGACGUCAUGAUACUUUUUGGUAUCCAUCGUCAAAACGUCGUCAAACCGAAAUGCCCAGUAACGAUGAAUUCUGAAUACCCAGAUGACGUCAGAAUACUUUUUAGUAUCCAUCGUCAAAACGUCGUCAAACCGAAAUGCCCAGUAACGAUGAAUUCUGAAUACCCAGAUGACGUCAUGAUACUUUUUGGUAUCCAUCGUCAAAACGUCGUCAAACCGAAAUGCCCAGUAACGAUGAAUUCUGAAUACCCAGAUGACGUCAGAAUACUUUUUAGUAUCCAUCGUCAAAACGUCGUCAAACCGAAAUGCCCAGUAACGAUGAAUUCUGAAUACCCAGAUGACGUCAUGAUACUUUUUGGUAUCCAUCGUCAAAACGUCGUCAAACCGAAAUGCCCAGUAACGAUGAAUUCUGAAUACCCAGAUGACGUCAGGAUACUUUUUGGUAUCCAUCGUCAAAACGUCGUCAAACCGAAAUGCCCAGUAACGAUGAAUUCUGAAUACCCAGAUGACGUCAUGAUACUUUUUGGUAUCCAUCGUCAAAACGUCGUCAAACCGAAAUGCCCAGUAACGAUGAAUUCUGAAUACCCAGAUGACGUCAUGAUACUUUUUGGUAUCCAUCGUCAAAACGUCGUCAAACCGAAAUGCCCAGUAACGAUGAAUUCUGAAUACCCAGAUGACGUCAUGAUACUUUUUGGUAUCCAUCGUCAAAACGUCGUCAAACCGAAAUGCCCAGUAACGAUGAAUUCUGAAUACCCAGAUGACGUCAGAAUACUUUUUGGUAUCCAUCGUCAAAACGUCGUCAAACCGAAAUGCCCAGUAACGAUGAAUUCUGAAUACCCAGAUGACGUCAGAAUACUUUUUAGUAUCCAUCGUCAAAACGUCGUCAAACCGAAAUGCCCAGUAACGAUGAAUUCUGAAUACCCAGAUGACGUCAUGAUACUUUUUGGUAUCCAUCGUCAAAACGUCGUCAAACCGAAAUGCCCAGUAACGAUGAAUUCUGAAUACCCAGAUGACGUCAUGAUACUUUUUGGUAUCCAUCGUCAAAACGUCGUCAAACCGAAAUGCCCAGUAACGAUGAAUUCUGAAUACCCAGAUGACGUCAGAAUACUUUUUAGUAUCCAUCGUCAAAACGUCGUCAAACCGAAAUGCCCAGUAACGAUGAAUUCUGAAUACCCAGAUGACGUCAUGAUACUUUUUGGUAUCCAUCGUCAAAACGUCGUCAAACCGAAAUGCCCAGUAACGAUGAAUUCUGAAUACCCAGAUGACGUCAUGAUACUUUUUGGUAUCCAUCGUCAAAACGUCGUCAAACCGAAAUGCCCAGUAACGAUGAAUUCUGAAUACCCAGAUGACGUCAGAAUACUUUUUAGUAUCCAUCGUCAAAACGUCGUCAAACCGAAAUGCCCAGUAACGAUGAAUUCUGAAUACCCAGAUGACGUCAUGAUACUUUUUGGUAUCCAUCGUCAAAACGUCGUCAAACCGAAAUGCCCAGUAACGAUGAAUUCUGAAUACCCAGAUGACGUCAUGAUACUUUUUGGUAUCCAUCGUCAAAACGUCGUCAAACCGAAAUGCCCAGUAACGAUGAAUUCUGAAUACCCAGAUGACGUCAGAAUACUUUUUAGUAUCCAUCGUCAAAACGUCGUCAAACCGAAAUGCCCAGUAACGAUGAAUUCUGAAUACCCAGAUGACGUCAUGAUACUUUUUGGUAUCCAUCGUCAAAACGUCGUCAAACCGAAAUGCCCAGUAACGAUGAAUUCUGAAUACCCAGAUGACGUCAUGAUACUUUUUGGUAUCCAUCGUCAAAACGUCGUCAAACCGAAAUGCCCAGUAACGAUGAAUUCUGAAUACCCAGAUGACGUCAGAAUACUUUUUGGUAUCCAUCGUCAAAACGUCGUCAAACCGAAAUGCCCAGUAACGAUGAAUUCUGAAUACCCAGAUGACGUCAUGAUACUUUUUGGUAUCCAUCGUCAAAACGUCGUCAAACCGAAAUGCCCAGUAACGAUGAAUUCUGAAUACCCAGAUGACGUCAUGAUACUUUUUGGUAUCCAUCGUCAAAACGUCGUCAAACCGAAAUGCCCAGUAACGAUGAAUUCUGAAUACCCAGAUGACGUCAUGAUACUUUUUGGUAUCCAUCGUCAAAACGUCGUCAAACCGAAAUGCCCAGUAACGAUGAAUUCUGAAUACCCAGAUGACGUCAGAAUACUUUUUAGUAUCCAUCGUCAAAACGUCGUCAAACCGAAAUGCCCAGUAACGAUGAAUUCUGAAUACCCAGAUGACGUCAAGAUACUUUUCAGAAUCCAUCGUCAAAACGUCGUCAAACCGAAAUGCCCAGUAACGAUGAAUUCUGAAUACCCAGAUGACGUCAGAAUACUUUUUAGUAUCCAUCGUCAAAACGUCGUCAAACCGAAAUGCCCAGUAACGAUGAAUUCUGAAUACCCAGAUGACGUCAGAAUACUUUUUGGUAUCCAUCGUCAAAACGUCGUCAAACCGAAAUGCCUAGUAACGAUGAAUUCUGAAUACCCAGAUGACCUCAGAAUACUUUUUAGUAUCCAUCGUCAAAACGUCGUCAAACCGAAAUGCCCAGUAACGAUGAAUUCUGAAUACCCAGAUGACGUCAAGAUACUUUUCAGAAUCCAUCGUCAAAACGUCGUCAAACCGAAAUGCCCAGUAACGAUGAAUUCUGAAUACCCAGAUGACGUCAGAAUACUUUUUAGUAUCCAUCGUCAAAACGUCGUCAAACCGAAAUGCCUAGUAACGAUGAAUUCUGAAUACCCAGAUGACGUCAGAAUACUUUUUAGUAUCCAUCGUCAAAACGUCGUCAAACCGAAAUGCCCAGUAACGAUGAAUUCUGAAUACCCAGAUGACGUCAGAAUACUUUUUGGUAUCCAUCGUCAAAACGUCGUCAAACCGAAAUGCCCAGUAACGAUGAAUUCUGAAUACCCAGAUGACGUCAGAAUACUUUUUAGUAUCCAUCGUCAAAACGUCGUCAAACCGAAAUGCCCAGUAACGAUGAAUUCUGAAUACCCAGAUGACGUCAGAAUACUUUUUAGUAUCCAUCGUCAAAACGUCGUCAAACCGAAAUGCCCAGUAACGAUGAAUUCUGAAUACCCAGAUGACGUCAUGAUACUUUUUGGUAUCCAUCGUCAAAACGUCGUCAAACCGAAAUGCCCAGUAACGAUGAAUUCUGAAUACCCAGAUGACGUCAUGAUACUUUUUGGUAUCCAUCGUCAAAACGUCGUCAAACCGAAAUGCCCAGUAACGAUGAAUUCUGAAUACCCAGAUGACGUCAUGAUACUUUUUGGUAUCCAUCGUCAAAACGUCGUCAAACCGAAAUGCCCGGUAACGAUGAAUUCUGAAUACCCAGAUGACGUCAGAAUACUUUUUAGUAUCCAUCGUCAAAACGUCGUCAAACCGAAAUGCCCAGUAACGAUGAAUUCUGAAUACCCAGAUGACGUCAUGAUACUUUUUGGUAUCCAUCGUCAAAACGUCGUCAAACCGAAAUGCCCAGUAACGAUGAAUUCUGAAUACCCAGAUGACGUCAUGAUACUUUUUGGUAUCCAUCGUCAAAACGUCGUCAAACCGAAAUGCCCAGUAACGAUGAAUUCUGAAUACCCAGAUGACGUCAUGAUACUUUUUGGUAUCCAUCGUCAAAACGUCGUCAAACCGAAAUGCCCAGUAACGAUGAAUUCUGAAUACCCAGAUGACGUCAUGAUACUUUUUGGUAUCCAUCGUCAAAACGUCGUCAAACCGAAAUGCCCAGUAACGAUGAAUUCUGAAUACCCAGAUGACGUCAUGAUACUUUUUGGUAUCCAUCGUCAAAACGUCGUCAAACCGAAAUGCCCAGUAACGAUGAAUUCUGAAUACCCAGAUGACGUCAUGAUACUUUUUGGUAUCCAUCGUCAAAACGUCGUCAAACCGAAAUGCCCAGUAACGAUGAAUUCUGAAUACCCAGAUGACGUCAUGAUACUUUUUGGUAUCCAUCGUCAAAACGUCGUCAAACCGAAAUGCCCGGUAACGAUGAAUUCUGAAUACCCAGAUGACGUCAGAAUACUUUUUAGUAUCCAUCGUCAAAACGUCGUCAAACCGAAAUGCCCAGUAACGAUGAAUUCUGAAUACCCAGAUGACGUCAUGAUACUUUUUGGUAUCCAUCGUCAAAACGUCGUCAAACCGAAAUGCCCAGUAACGAUGAAUUCUGAAUACCCAGAUGACGUCAGAAUACUUUUUAGUAUCCAUCGUCAAAACGUCGUCAAACCGAAAUGCCCAGUAACGAUGAAUUCUGAAUACCCAGAUGACGUCAUGAUACUUUUUGGUAUCCAUCGUCAAAACGUCGUCAAACCGAAG